AAACUUGCCCCUUAUAUCCUAUUUUUUUCCCCCAUAUCUCACUUUCAAUCUUUCCUGUAGAAAAGUUAUUCUGUUUCCUCUCCUUCCACCACCUGUUCUGUCUUCUGUCUACUCCACCAGAGUUGCAGCUAAGAACGUAUCUAGAUCUCUCUCUCUCUAAGGCCACUACACUGGGCUUCUCUUCGUACGUCAAGCAGUUCCAGUGGCCAUACACAACGCAGGCUCAUGGUUCUGCAGGAAACUGGGUGGCCUCUAGGCCUAAGACCACUCAAUGCAAGAAUUGGGUUGGUAAGAAAUCAGGAACUCAGUGGUUCAAAUUCAUUUAGCACUCUUCUUACUGGUUCUCCUAGCUUCACCGCCGAUUCUUCCUCAGAUCUCGAUACAGAGUCUACUGGAUCUUUCUUCCAUGACAAGAGCAUCACACUUGGGAGCCUCAUUAGAGUUUCUAGCAUCCUAGAGCUCUCAAGAAGAUCAACAAGGAGAAUAAGGACAGCAGAAACCUUAAGAGACAAGAACAACUGCAAGUCAAAACCUUGGUUCUUUUCACUGUGCUCAAAGCUAAGCAGUGAUGAUGUGAAUGAGAAUGACACUCCUUCUCUUGGUCACUUUCUUGAAGAAGAGAGAAGGGCAGCUAAUAUUCACAGAAGAGAGAGUCCAAUGUUAAAUGGACCUGAUGAUUUCUCCCCGGUUCUGCCCAAUCGUGAUCUUAAUUCCCUCUUUGUCGGUGGCCAAGUUGCUAGUUCUUCGUUAGGGGCAGAUGGGGGGAGAAGAUCCAGCACAGAGUUAUUAGAACAAGGCAGUGGCUAUGGAUUUACAUUAAUUUUUUCCUGUUUGUGUGGACAACUCAUUGAAUGAUGGCUUCCUCCUCUUGAACAUUAAGAAAAAGAAAAAAAAAAAAGGUUUCUGUUAAUCACACUGCAUUUCUGCACGAGGAACUUUCCCAAUGCAUAGAAAAAUUCAGCAUUUUUAUUUAUUAUUAUUAUUA